AACGCGGUGUACAGAAAUGCACGUCAAUUUUAGAUACCACGUCGAGAGCGACGGUUGGGAAGCUCGCCAAAGUACAGGUUAGACGUGCUCUAUUACGCGACUCUUCGCAUCGCAAAGUAACACGGAGGUUCGAAGAGUAUCCGCGGACGGUGUCUGGGAGAGAACGGGAAAGAGGAUGGGGAGGAGGUCGUCCUCGUUGGCCUCCGGACAUCACACUCGGUCAAGUUACCUUUGGUCAUUUGUGAUGCUCCGAGUCUUGUGCGCCGAUCUACUGAUACUGAGAAAGUUCUGGAAGUUAUCCUCUGGCCAUAUUCUAUUACACAAACUUGCUAGAGUUUCGUCAUGACAAAGUUGAUAUCGGCUCAGACAACGCUCACGCGUUGCUUGCUUUUUGGGUCUCGUUGUGUUUGCGACAUGCAGAGAUGCACUCCGAAAUAUAUCAAUGAUACUGAGGAAAAAAGAGAUAGCCCAACGUAAUCAUAAAUCGGUCCUCAGUCACUGUCCGAUACGUUUCGAAGUGUACAAAUGAAUCUGGAUGGGUACGUGCCCUGCGAAAGAUGAAAGCCAACGUCUUUGCUGACAUUUCGGAUGGAUCAACUUGCGAAAUGUUACAAGUUGUCAUACCAAAGAUGUUGAAGCCGGACGAUCUACGUUACGGGAGCAGUGUUAGCGUGGAAGGAGAGCUAGCCUUGACUUCCGACGGCAAGACUGAGCUGCACGCGACCAAGGUACACGUAAUCGGCACAUGUAAUGUCGCAGAAGACGAAUAUCCCUUUGCACCAAGAAAGAAAUAUGAUUCGGAUUAUAUCAGGCAAUAUUUGCAUCUACGGCCGAGAACGCGAAAUUUUUCUAGCCUGUUAAGAUUGCGCGAUCUCGCUUCCACGGUGAUCGCCGAUCAUUUAAGAAAUAGGGGAUUUACGAGUGUGCACACUCCGAUGUUGACGUCCAAUGAUUGCGAAGGCGCGGGUGAAGUAUUCCUCGUCAGGCCGCAGUCCACAGAGAUCUUGAAAAGUAUGAGGAGGGAAGGUCAACCUGAGGAUGAAGUUUACUUCGAUACGACCGCCUUUCUCACUGUUUCUGGACAAUUGCAUCUAGAGGCGGUAGCAAGAGCUCUUACAAAAGUAUACACUUUUGGGCCUACAUUCAGGGCAGAGAAUUCAAAAUCCAGAUUGCAUUUAUCAGAAUUUUACAUGUUAGAAGCGGAGAUAGCUUUCCUCGCACAUAUUGAGGAGUUGAUACACGAAGUUGAGCUUUUAGUGAAAGAGGUUACUAAGGGUUUAAUUGAAAGAGGUGCUUCGGAUUUGCAUACAAUCGGUGCUCAGGAGCCGCAAUGGUUGACUAAAUCAUUUACAUGUUUAACGUACGAGGAUGCAUUUAACGUAUUAAAUGACCAUGCGAAUCAAUUGCAACGACCCAUCAAGUAUGGAGAGGCAUUUUCAAAAGAGCACGAAUUGUUUCUAGUGAAGUAUAAUGACGGAGUGCCAGUUUUCGUAAUUAACUGGCCAAAAGAUAUUAAGCCAUUUUAUAUGAAAGAGUGCACAGAUGAUACAUCUAAGGUAGCAGCAUUGGACCUGCUAAUGCCAGAUGUUGGCGAAUUAGUAGGAGGCAGUAUACGUGAAGAUAAUUACAAAAAAUUAAAAUUAAAGCUUCCUCCCACGGGAAAUCUUUCGUGGUAUUUAGAUUUACGUAAAUAUGGGAAUGUACCAACAGGUGGCUUUGGAAUGGGUUUUGAUAGAUUUCUGCAAUGUGCCUUGGGGAUCAACAAUAUCAAGGACACUGUGCCUUUCCCCAGGUGGCCACACAAUUGCAAUUUAUGAAUAAAGUUUUCAGGUUGUUGUGUUACUUCAUUUAUUCCCAACGAAGGAAUGCAACUGCGCACUUAUGCAGCGAAAUGAGCAUAAUCUGUCAAAUGGAAAAACAAUGUCGUAUAUUUUGUACAAAAGUCUUUUUGCAAAUCAUUCACAAACAAUUCAUGCAGUUUUCUCGGAUGAUUGAUAAAUAUGAUGAUUCAAGGAUGGUUCGUGGGACAUUUCUAAAUUUCUUGGAGGUAAAGUUGGAGUAAAUUGAAUAGUAGUUCGAGUUUGGAUGCACAGUUUAUUGAAUAUUGAGAUAUAACAACAAAAA